UCUUGUCCGCAGCAGCAGCAGCAGCAGCAGCAGCAGCAACAGCUCCACAGUUGCCUUUGGAUUUUAGUGUCACGAUGGUGAACAUCAAGCUGAACAAUAUCAACGUGAAUGUGGGUGCGGCCGGCAACAACAACAACAAUAAUAACAAUAUGAUCCUGCUAAACGGUAAAUCGGGCGGUGGUAGUAUUGGCAUUGCGGCGAUGAAUGACGAAAAUACGGCCAGCGCUAGCAAUGGAGUGACGAUCGCCUCGAGACCCGGCAGUCCGAAUCUGUUACUGUCCCCUGCCAGUGGUGGAGUGAAUGGUGGUGGUGGUAGUGGCAACGGUGGUGCUUCCAUGAACAGCGCGUUCAAGGUGGUGAUGCCGCGUGGAAAAGCCGACGCAGCCGCAGCAGCUGUACCACCACCGACGACGAAUGGAUUCUCUCCGUUGAUCUUCAACAACGAUCUGCUGGUGAACCACUACCGGCGACUGCUACAUCCUGUCGCUGCGGCCGUACCACGACUACCCAACGGUGGUGGUGCCAACGGUGUUGGUGGAUUCAACGAUGUGCCUGCCGAUGUUCCGCUAAAGGCGUCCCAAAGAGAUGAUAUCAAGUUCGGUGUUAGCCGGUUGGUCAAGAACGAAUCGGAGGACGAGGACAACAACAAUGUCUACCAUCACCAUCAACUCCCGCCUCACCAACAUCACCAUCAACAUCAGCACCAUCAACAACAGCACCAUCCACCGCAUCAUCCGCAGCAUCAUCAUUUGCAACACUCGGCACUGCAUCAACAGCAACAUCAUGGCGCCGGUGGUCAAGCAGCCAAAUUGUCUCUCCUCUCAUCGAACGGUUACGAAUCGAGCGCACUGAGCAGCCGGUCACGGUCGCGCAGUAGAUCGAGGUCUCGCGAUCGCUCGACCCGGUCCCGGUCUUCUUCCAUCGAGCUGGAGGUGGACUCACCGCCACCACCCCGGAUUAAUCAUCCUUCGCCGACGACCGAGAUUGCGGCGCACGUCCCAAAGAACUCGGAAGCAUUUUCGGUGUCGGCGCUGCUGAAGCGGGAAGAUGAACCAAAGUCCAAGUCGCCCCUCUCGAACGGUUCCUUCGAUGCGGUUAGACCUAACUACAGCCAGUUCUACGAGCAGAGCAUCCUCAAUCGGCCCCUGUUUCAUCCAUUUCCGUUCUUCGCGAUGCUCCAGCAGCAGGGCCAUCAGUUGAAUCCAGCACUUGCAAACUACCACCCAUCAACACCGGAGGACAUCUUGCGGUUGCGACACUUUAUGACGCAGAAUGCGGCGGUCGCACAGGCUGGAACCGGUGCCGCUCAUCUCGACUUUAACCAUCCACACCAUCCACACCAUCUGCUGAUGCGACCAGAAGCUCAUCCACGGAGGACACACAACGGGAAGCGACCGUACGCCUGCGAGCUGUGCAACAAAUCGUUCGGACAUGAGAUCAGCCUCAAUCAGCAUAGAGCGGUCCACAAUGUGGAGAAGGUGUUUGAGUGUAAGCAGUGCGGUAAGGCGUUCAAACGCUCCAGUACACUGUCGACGCACCUGCUCAUCCACAGCGACACACGACCGUAUCCGUGCGGAUUCUGUGGGAAACGUUUUCACCAGAAGAGCGACAUGAAGAAGCACACGUACAUCCAUACCGGUGAGAAGCCACACAAGUGUCAGGUGUGCGGUAAGGCGUUCAGCCAGAGCUCGAAUCUGAUAACGCAUUCGCGGAAACACACCGGCUACAAACCGUUCCAGUGUGAACUGUGCCACAAGGCGUUCCAGCGGAAGGUGGACCUGAGGCGCCACAAGGAGACGCAGCACACGGAGAUCCGUACGAUGGUCAACUAACCCAAGGCCCGGCCGGAGUUCACCAUGACGGCCGUAUUACCUUCAUCGAACGCGCUUGACGUCACCACCAGCCCGCGGAGGGAUCUCGUGACGUUGGGCGAAUCGCCGUCCUGUGGCGAUCACUCCCAGCAGUCCCAGUCCCCCAGCUCCUCGAUAUCUUCUCCAGCUGGGCUAUCAGGAGGUGCUGCUGCUGGUGGUGGUGAUGGAGGUGAAUUCAUCGUCAUCGACUGAUUGACGGUACGGUCUAGUAGUGGCUGGACUUACGGUCCUUCGCCGAAUCCGAAUCCCGAAAUGCCUUUUCCGUUGGUACGCGAGAAGGCAUCCCGCGGUGUGUCUGUUUCGUCUGCGUGUCUCUCGGUGUCUGUGUUUUGUGCACGUGUGUGUGUGUGUGUGUGUGUAUGUUGAUGUGUAAAAAUCUGUAAAUGUAUCAGCUAUACGAUCGAGAUCGAGAAGUUCGAGGGGGGAAAACAGAGACAGAAAGUAACAGAUUUAGGGCAUUGUCGCCGCCGGACGCCAUUUUUGUUAAUUAGUCACAAUCAACAACACUCAGUUUCAGUUCCUUAUCAAACCAGAGAAGACGAGGAGAAAUGUAAUAAAGGGAGGUGUAUGUUAUGAAUGCUACUAGGAGCACAAAGGGUUGUAGUUUCGUUUCUCCAUUUUUUAGGGUUCAUUUUAAAAUGGAUUCUUCUUGGCGUAAUCGAGGAAGUAAUUAGCGGAAAUACAAAGGACAAAGUACGAGUAUCUCGAUAAGUAGCUACCAUUUAUCGGUGUUU